CUUUUCAGAAAGAGAAAUAAAACUAGGAAUUUGAUCAAAUACAGUUUAAGCUUGGACAGCUCCAAUCCAUGUUUGAUAUGCACCUCGCAAAGCUCUAGCGUGGUGGUCCCUUCGUAAUGACAUCAGUCUGUUUCGGACCGCCUUGUCAAUGAACUUGAUGAUGGUUCCCUGCGAGGACGGAGCCUCACCAUGCUUACGAGCGUUCCUCUCCCUCCAUAGCGUGUGAAUUGCAGCUUGGAAGGCGUAACGAGCAAGAAAGUAUAUUAUGUCAAUAGAUCAUUGUCAAAGACCUAAACACUUUGAUCGUUUCUUUCUUAUGUCAAUAGAUCAUUGUCUCCAUGAGUAGAUCGGCCAUCAAGUUUCAAAUUUGGAGAAAUCAAAUCUUUUUGUCAAGAUCGAGACUGAUUGAAAACAAUCAAGUAUUUUCAGACAUCUUCUCGUGCUAAAAAGAGUCCUACAGGAUAAAAUAUAGACCCUUGGAGCGGAUAGACAGAGCCCGGAUUCAGAUUUAUAAACUGGCAUAAAUCUGAUGAUAGCAUCAUAUAUGUAAAGCUCAGGUAGCUCAGGAAUGAUUUUAAAGUUGGAUAGAUUGUAGCUGUUGUGGCCGACUUUUCUUUAGCUCAGGCAUACUGUUGAACGACUUCUUAAUCAGACGUUGAUAUGUUAGUGGCAUGGCAUGAAGUGUUAGAUUGCAGUCAUCAUAAGUGAUAUAAAGAGACGCUCAGACUGAGUACCGAGACACACAUAGAGAGAUGAAUUUUAACGACAAUGACAUCACAGAUCAUAAGGGCCAGAAGACCAAUGAGUUAGUCAACAACAUUUGCGAACAACAUACUUUCAAUACGGUUAGUAAUAACUUAUCUAUAAAAACUAAAUCAUAAGUUUAAAGCAAUGUAAAAAUAUUUUAAAGAACUUAGAUUAAGAAAAAACAAUGGAUUAAGUAUUUAUGCUGGGUUAAUACCACGAUUAAUACAACUCUUUUCUUCACAAUAGUUUAUAAUCUUGCAUCAGUCAUCCUCAAAAAACCUGAUAUCAUGUCAUUUUAUAUGUGGUGUAUGUUUGAAUUGGACUAUCGGAGGACGAAAUUCAAGUUAUCCAAAUACAAUGGAAGACGACAACCUCGACGCAGACUGAGAAUACGUUUACCACUGUGGUGCCUGUAACAUCAGGGCGUUGUGAAUCUCCAGUUUUUUUAGUUACAACGUUUACCAGAAGCUCUACAUCCACAUCCGUAGGAUCAUCUAUGUUAGAUUUCUCUGUUUCUGUAUCAGUAUUAUCUUGAGAAGUACAGUCAAAUACUUGUAAUUCAUCAGUAUCUUCUAUUCCUGCAUAUGAAUAGAUAAUAUUAAUAUAAAUUCAAAGUGUAAAACUAAAGUGUGGGCAAUUACAGUACAUCAAACCUCCAAAUAAAUCAUUUCCAACUACAACAUCAUCUUCGUAUAUGUUCUGAGCCGAGGCAUUGCUUGUAGGUGAUGGUAACUUUUCAUUUUUUCCCUUAAAUGUGUGAUAUUCGUAAUGUCUUUCAUUACAUUACGUGUUGACUGAUACCACUCAAAUGACCCUAAGGAGUGUUACUCUCAUCAAAAGAGGUUCAGAUGUAGUACUUAGGGAUCGAAUCCACAAGGAGCUAGGGAACAAUUAAAUCUAGUGUUUAUUAAUUCUAAGAGUUGUAAGUGUUUAAAUGAAAUAGCAAUAGUAACAAGCGAAGUAAAUAGUAAAUGUAACUUGGUUGAAAAUGAUAUUAGAUGUUGGGCCACUAUUCAGGUGUUGGAGAUUAUAAUACAUUAAUACCUAUAGAUACCUAUUUGUUGCAUGCAUGAUAUGUUAGAGCUCAACCGCUUAACUCAGUGAUCAGCUGUCGCAUGCUUCACUGGUUAACAAGCUAGAUCUCGUGUCUCAACGGCACUACAAGAAAACCUGCGUUUUCCGACUGUAUUUUUUCGACUAAAAUAGUAGUCGCAAAAAAAGACGACUAAUUUCCGACUACCAUGCGACUGAAUAGCGACGCCAAAAGAGUAGUCGUACAUCAGUCGGAAAGAAGGGACACAGAUGUUUCGUCGCAUAACAGUCGCUAAAUUUACGACUACUUAGCGACGGAUUCAUGACCAGAGACUCGGUCGCACAAUAGUCGCUAAAUUUACGACUGAUAUACGACUAUAACGCAGUCGGGGAAAAUUAGUCGUUGAUCAGUCGUAAAUGUAGCGACUAAUUUGCGACUGAUCUCUAGUCACAAAUAAGUCGCUAAGUAGUCUGCAAAAACCGGUACAAACGUGGUAAACAUUUUUUCGUCGGUGUACCUAAUUUUUAUCUGCAGUCGGAAUUUAGUCACUAAUUAGUCAGAAUAUUUUCUAUAUAUAUACAGGCUCUUACCGUUUUCUUCUCCUCACUCGUACAAAGCAUGAAAAAAAAGUAGCAAAAAAAAACGAAAAUUAAAAAAAAAACUAACAUUUGUCAUAUAAUGUCUGGAAAUUAUAAUUAUUCAAAUUUCCGAGAGUGGAUGUACAAGAGGAUCGAUGAGGAGACAGGAAAACUUUCUGAAGAGUUCAUAGCGGGGGUGGAACAAUUUAUGACAUUCGCAAACAGUCAGUCUCUAACACAAAGUAAUGGCGGUAAGUUUUUCUGCCCGUGUACUGUUUGUCAAAACGAUAAAUUUCUCGCGGGAACAAAAAUUUGGAGACAUAUAUAUAAUAGAGGAUUUAUGCCAGACUAUUAUGUUUGGUAUAAACAUGGAGAAGAAAUUGAUAUUGCAUUAGGAACGAGUUAUGUUGACCCGACGCAUUUAAGUGGUAGUGAUCAAGAAGUUGGUAAUGAGGAUAAUUAUAUAUAUAUGGUGAAUGAUGCAUUUCGUGAUAAUGUGAGUUUUGAUAACUAUCAACAUGAUGAUAGUUAUCAGAAUGUAGUAGACCCGCAACGCAACCAUUCGAAGAAGUUCUACGAUUUGUUAGAAGGAGCACAAAAUCCUUUGUACGAUGGUUGUCGUGAAGGGCAGUCACGGUUAUCCUUAGCUGCUCGGGUCUUGCAAAACAAGGCAGAUUAUAAUCUGAGUGAAAAAUGUGUGGAUUCAGUAUGUCAAAUGUUGACAGACUAUUUACCAGAAGGAAACACAGCAAUCGAUUCACACUACGAGACCGAGAAGUUGAUGCACAACUUAGGGCUCCCAUAUCAUACAAUUGAUGUUUGUAUUAACAAUUGUAUGAUAUUCUGGAAAGAAAAUGAAAGGUGGGAAGAGUGCCAAUUUUGUGGUGCAGCAAGAUGGAAGCCUAGGGACAAAAGACGCAGAACCAAAGUACCAUAUAGUCGUAUGUGGUAUCUACCUAUAGCUGACAGGCUGAAAAGAAUGUAUCAGAGCAAGAAGACAGCAGCGGCAAUGAGAUGGCAUGCUGAGCACCAAGCAAAGGAGGGGGAAAUGUGUCAUCCAUCUGAUGCGGCAGAAUGGAAACAUUUUCAAGAUAUAUAUCCCCAGUUUGCCGAAGAACCUCGUAACGUUUAUCUUGGAUUAUGUACUGAUGGAUUCAAUCCGUUUGGGAUGUCUCGUAAUCAUUUAUUGUGGCCCGUGAUUCUGACUCCAUAUAAUCUACCCCCUGAUAUGUGCAUGAGUACAGAGUAUUUUUUUCUUACAAUUCUGAAUUCUGGGCCAAAUCAUCCGCGAGCUAGUCUUGAUAUCUUCCUCAAACCUUUGAUCGAGGAGUUAAAAGAAUUGUGGUCAACUGGGGUUGAAGCAUACGAUGUGUCCUUAAAUCAAAAUUUUAAUCUAAAAGCUGUGUUACUAUGGACGAUAAGCGAUUUUCCAGCGUAUGGCAUGUUAUCAGGAUGGACGACCCAUGGUAAAUUGGCUUGUCCAAUUUGCAUGGAAGAUACGAAAGCUUUUUAUCUACAUAAUGGAAGAAAGACGUGUUGGUUUGAUUGUCACCGCAGAUUUCUUCCUCGUGAUCAUCCACUAAGGAAGAAUAGAAAGGACUUCUUGAAGGGAAAAAACGCGGUAAAUGAAUUUCCACCUAAAUCUUUGACUGGUGAGCAAGUUUACUCAGAGUUAUCGGGUGUCAAUCCACUGAAAACGUCUGUUUGCGGUGGAAAUGGUCAUGAAAAGAAGAAGCCUGGUUAUGGGAAAUAUCAUAACUGGCAUAAGGAAAGCAUUUUUUGGGAGUUGCCAAACUGGAAGGACCUGAUACUCCGAGACACAAUCUUGAUGUGAUGCAUAUAGAGAAGAAUUUUUUUGACAACAUCAUCAAUACUCUUAUGAAUGUUAAAGGCAAAUCGAAAGACACAAUCAAUUCAAGAUUGGAUAUGGCAAUAUUCUGUGAUCGGCCACACUUACAUGUUGAUACUGCUGGUCAAGCUCCAUUUCCUCCUUACAUGCUGGACGAAGAUGAAAAAAAACGGUUAUUGGAAUGUGUGAAACACGCUGUUAAAUUCCCAGACGGAUAUGCUUCAGACUUAGCUAAUUGUGUUGAUUUAGAGAACAACAAAUUUUCUGGCAUGAAGAGUCAUGACUGCCAUGUUUUUAUGGAGCGGCUACUUCCAUUUAUAUUUUCAGAACUCCUAGACCAAAACGUCCAUCUUGCGCUAUCAGGUACUAAUUAGCUAUUUUUUUAAUUUAUUUUGAAAUGAUAAACCUUUAUAAUUAUAGUAAAUAUUACUAAUAAAUACAUUUUGAAUAUUGUAGCGGUUGGUGUAUUUUUCCGAGACCUUUGCUCGAGAACCUUACAGAAAAAUCACGUCCAAAUGCUUAAACGGAAUAUUGUUUUGAUCAUCUGCAAUUUGGAGAAGAUUUUUCCACCAUCGUUUUUCGACGUCAUGCAGCACUUGCCUAUACAUCUCCCCUACGAAGCUGAACUAGGAGGACCUGUGCAAUAUAGGUGGAUGUAUGUUUUUGAAAGGAAUUUCAAAAAAUUGAAAGCGAAAGCAAAGAACAAAAGAUUUGCGGCCGGCUCGAUUGUUGAAUCAUAUAUCAACGAUGAGAUAGCUUACUUCUCAGAGCACUACUUUGUUGACCAUAUACAAACGAAAUCAUGGUAAACGCUAUCAUUAUUUCUCGGUUUCAGUUUUUAUGUCUAUGUGCAUGCUUUUUAUUUAUAAAUGUGCAUUAAUAAUUUUCAUAAUCAUUUGGACAGGUUCACAAGAUUUCAUGAAGGUGAAGUUCCCGUAUAUCAUGUUCCUGGAGUGCCAGAUAUAUUUACACAUGUAGGUCGUCCAAGUGGAGAAAUGCAAGAAAUAUGGCUUUCCGAGAAAGACUACAGAUGCGCACAUGCAUAUGUUUUACGAAAUUGUGAUUAUUUUCAUCCAUUUGAGAGGUAUAAUUUGAUAAUAUUAUCAUCUUCCGUAUUGAUUUACCCAACUAUAAUUUCCCAUACUAAUAUUUUUUUGACUAAUUUAGGAUGUUUGAAGAUUUCCUUACUGCCAAAUAUGCAGACCUCUCUGAAAAAGACCUCUCUGCGAAGAGAGCUGACGAAUAUCAAAUAUGGGUGAAAGAUUAUGUACGUUUGACUAAUACUUUUAUUUAACUAUGUGUAUAUAAUAAUAUAUAAAUAUAUAUUGAUUUAAUUAUAUAUAUAUAUAUAUAUAUAUAUGUGUUGCAGGUUAGCUAUUGGAGCAACACACAUCAUUUUCCUCAGUGGGUUAAAGAUAUUGCGAAUGGACCCAUGAAUAAGGCGAGAACAUGGCCCAUCUAUUUCACAAGAGGCUUUUUGUUCCAUACGCAGAAGCAUGGCGAGGGAAGAAAGACAUGUAACUACGGUGUGAGUGUUAAAGGGGAGAGCUACACAAAUGCUUCUGAUGAAGCUGAUUACUACGGGAUCUUGACUGAUAUCAUACAAAUUCAGUAUGAGGGGUCGGUCGAUUUGAAAAUCACACUUUUUAAGUGUAAGUGGUAUGAUCCGUUAGUUGGUAGAGGCACUCGGCGGAGCAAUGGUGGCAUCGUCGAUGUUCUUUCAUCGAGGAAAUACCAUAAAUACGAACCAUUUAUUCUAGGUACGUAUUUUAUAUUGAACUUAUACUUUUAUGAUUUGAUACUUAAUUUAAUUAUACUUUUAUUAUUUGAUAUUACAUGCACAGCAUCUCAAGCAGAUCAUGUUUGUUAUAUCCCGUAUCCGUACGUUAAGAAACCAAAGCAUUUGUGGCUCAAUGUUUUGAAAGUGAAUCCGAGGGGAAUCAUUUCUGGAGAAUAUGAAAAUAAAGAACCGACAUUGUUGCAACAAGUAAAUGAUGAUGCUGUUUUAAUGACUACGGUUGAAGAUCUAGCAGUUGAUCAUUUGGUUUAUGCUCGGGUACAACCUAUAAAUCUCGAUGUUGAUGUGGAAGAUGUUGAACAAGAUGAUGAAUUUCAAUGUAAUAUAUCGUCAUCCGACGAAGAUGGAGAAGUACCCUACUAAAAUAUAGUAUAAUUUUCUAAACUUUGUUUAAAUAUGUAUUGUAAUAUAAUUUUGUAAACUUUGUUUUAAUGUGUAUUGUAAUAUAAUUUUGCAA